GAAGCGUGCUCCACUGUUUGGGGAAAUACCUUCCAACGAACGGUGUUUCCAGACUUCCAACAGAGUGUCUUAGCUUUCAGUUUGGUUUAUUUGCCAACAACAAUUAUCGCUGCGUCUUUAAAAAAAAAAAAAACAACAAAAAACAAAACAACAGCGCCUCUGUGUUGUUUGGUCGGUCGCUGUCUGCGUGUGUCUGGAGGGGAAACGGUUCAGACUUGCCCUGACUGCCAGCAGCUGCACCAUGUCCGAUGUAAUUCUGCUGCUCCUCAUAGUCUUCCUCCUGCUGUGUCUGGCGCUGACGGUCGGUGGGCUGCUGGUGUACUCGGGGCUCUUUUCGGACGUGGUCGUUAAAACGGGAGCCCCUCCGAUCAGUAAUGCCACCGUCGCCUACAAGUUCAAGCAGGGCGCCUACAAAGACUGCGGUGCAGCCUACACAGAAAGCUGCAGCAUCUGCCCCAAGCUCAAGUCCAUCGGGAUUUUCUACGAUGACCCCAAACAGAGGCCUCCAGAGAAAUGUCGCUACAUCGUGGGCAGCAUCCUGUGUGAGGGUGAAGAGAAGCCAGAUGAAGACCUGCUGAAGCUUUACAAGACGUUUGGCUUCAAGGUGUUUUCUCUACCAGAAGUGAGCCAUGCUGUGACCGCCACCUUCCCGUCAACUACCAAUCUGUCCUACGUUCUGGGUCCUUACAGGGUUUAUCCCCAACUCACUUCCUACAUUGAGGAGAGGAAACUAUUUGCCAUCCCAUUUAUUGAGAUCUGCCACUCAGAUGUCAUCAAUUACAUGGUUCCAUUGUCUCGUCAGAUGGACUUUUUCGUCCCAGAAAUGACAGAGGAGCCCAAAACUGGCGUUAAAGACGAGGACUCUGAUGAGGACAGAGGAACUGACAUUACAGGUGCAGAUUCCCACAGUGAUGUAAGCUCAGUAAGCGGCGGUGUGCCAUGGGACAGCAGGGAGACAUCCCUGGCAGCAUCCACGGCCGCCUCUCUGGCCUCCUCUCUGCCCCUGAGAGACAUAAUGGACUCAAACGAAGACAGUAAGCCUAUGGAUUACAGCGAAAGAGGUUCGAAUGACUCUGUGGGCAGCGGCUCGUCCUUCGAAGAACUUGACAUGGACCAGGAGGAGCUGGAGGAUGGAGAAGAGACAGAGGAUGGGAAGGAGAAAGGCUCCCCUGAAAAAAAAGAGGAAGGAGCUGGAGAAGAAGUUGGACUGGUUGCUAAGAAGAAGCCCCUGGGAGACGGAGAGAAGUAGUAAGGACGCUGAAUAAAUAAGGGACGUUGCCAUGUGACUGGCAUGCUAGAGUGUUUCUCAGCUGGGCAGUUGUUGGUUGUCUGUCAAAGUUGUUGUUGGAUCUAAUGCUGUUCAUGUCCCUACCAACACCACAUUUUUCUGCACCUUCUAACGAAGCCUGUACGUUUUCUUUAACAUAAUCUCCGACAUUAGAAGUAAGCCAAGAUUGUGUGCUUAAAUGCUGCCAGUACAAAAAAGUUAAUGAUGUGCUGCAAGAAGAGGUUUCAUUUCAGUGAAGUUCAAACAGUAUAUUUUUGUGUGACUCUUGGUUCCAGGUCCAAGUUCUACAAGUAUUUGUCUCAGAUUUUUGGAACAUUGGUUAAAAAAAAGUACAUAAGCUGAUGCUGCUGAAGGGAUUAGACCCUUUUUUUAUUUCAAUGAAGAAUUUUUUUAAUCUGAGGCAAUAAACAACUUUUUCACUUCACCACCAGGAAUAAAACCUAAAAUUCAACCAUGUAAUGUUUUAUUUGAGAGUGUACAGGACAUUUAAUCAUCUCUCUGUACUCAGAUAAUUGCUUUUUAAUGCAAUUUGUCUUUCUUUACAUGGGUUUUUAACCCACUCGUCACCUAGUUUAUGUUCUUCCUGAGGUAGUCAGAAUCCACCUUCUAUUAGAAACUAGGUGUGAUCUCUUUGUAAGAUGAUAUUGUAAAGGAAAUGUAGAGAUGUAUUGCCAUGUUUGUGUCUCUUUGUGUUGAAUAAAAUUUUCAAAUGGAAGGUUUA